AUGCAUGCAUGCAUGGUCUUGCUGCCAGGUUCUACUCCUCCCCGGAGACCCGCACGGACAGCUGAAGCCAGCGUCAGAGAGGCGCCAUCACCCUCAAAGUGGGGAGAGGUGGUGUCGUCCCUGCCCCUGGUUCGACUCUCUGAGCAAAGCUCUCUUGGAAGUCCAGACAAGCGGCUGGGAUUUUCUCCGUCAGUGGCAUUCCAGGAGCCACUGGUGCGGCCAGAGCCUAUCUCAGCAACAUCGACGCCACUCUGGAGCCCUGAGCCAAAAGCCAAGGUGACGCCACCAUUGAAGCAGAAUGAUUUCUGGCGGGCGCACGAACAGUACGCGCUGCAAAGAUCUCGCGAGUCCACGGCCAAGUUGCCAUCCCUGUCUGAGCCGCAGCAAAGGACUGAACGGCCAGAAUUGGCGGGUAGAUCAGCGCUGGAGGGGCGGCGCCUGGUGCAAUCGCCAAAGCCUGCGCUGCACCAAUAUCUUCCUGUGCCGUCCGGCGAGCCAGUGAGUAGCCCAGACCCAAGAGGCCAGUGCCAAGCCAGCCCAGAAGCUGAGGAUGCCAGGGCUGUGGAAAUGCCGCAGCCAGAUUCGGUGUACGAGCAGCUCCUUCAAGAGAUCGCCAAGCGGCUGACUGCACCUUCACAGGAGGUGGCAAGAGCUAACCAGAUGGCCAGAGCAGCCUGGGAUCAAGCAGCUGCAACGCAGCCCCAGGAGGAUCCUUGGAGGAAGCAGCCAGACUCGUCUGACUCGUUCUGUCUGUCUGAGAUGUUGGACUUUCUGCAGCGCAGGGUCGAGGUGCAGAGCAGACAGAUGAGGCAACUCAAAGCAGAGCUGGCAGCACGGUCACGGCUGGCAAGGACCUUCCAAGGUUGA